CUUUUAUGUGUGAUUGCAAAACCCCAGGAGGAUUCUUAUGGGACUCUUUCUUUUCAGCCUCCAAAAAAAAAAUUGUACACAAACUUCGAAAGAUUGUUCACAACUCUUUUAUACCGUAACCUAAUCAAGUAAUCAUGUUUCUUUUGGAGUUUCUUUGCUACCCUCGCAUUUAUAUUCUCCUUCCAUUCUUCUUUUCCACUUCAUCCCUGGGGCUUCUCUCUUAUUCAUUUUUCUCUUUCUCUGGUUCCUUUAUCUUUCUUGGGUUUGAGUGAGUUAUUUGCUAAGGACAAUGGGUGAAAUUUCAUGCUCUAAUGGGAUUAACAAUGGGAAUGGAAGCAAUGGGAAAAGCCAUUCUUUAACAGGUUAUAGAAAGAGCUGCUGGUAUGAAGAAGAGAUCGAAGAAAACUUGAGAUGGUCUUUCGCUCUUAACAGUAUAUUGCAUACAGCAGCAACAGAGUACCAAGACAUCGCCCUGUUGGAUACAAAGCCCUUUGGAAAGGCACUAGUUAUUGAUGGAAAGCUUCAGAGUGCGGAGGUGGAUGAGUUUAUCUACCAUGAAUGUCUUGUUCAUCCAGCACUUCUUCAUCAUUCAAAUGCAAAGGCCAUAUUCAUCAUGGGUGGAGGUGAAGGUUCCACUGCUAGAGAAAUACUUAGACACAAGAACGUAGAAAAGCUUGUCAUGUGUGACAUUGACAAGGAAGUGGUGGAAUUCUGCAAGUCAUACUUAGUUGUUAACAGGGAAUCUUUUUGUGAUCCAAGAAUGGAGCUCAUAAUCAAUGAUGCCAGGUUCAAUUCUGAGGUCGAGUUAGAAAACAGAAAAGAGUGCUACGAUGUGAUCAUUGGCGACCUGGCAGACCCAAUCGAAGGAGGCCCUUGCUACAAACUCUACACCAAAUCGUUUUAUGAGUUCACUGUUAAGCCUAGACUCAACCAUGGCGGCAUAUUUGUCACACAGGCUGGACCAGCUGGAAUUUUCAGCCACACUGAAGUAUUCUCUUGCAUCUAUAACACUUUACGGCAGGUUUUCAAAUAUGUUGUGCCGUAUUCAGCUCAUAUUCCUUCCUAUGCUGAUAUUUGGGGAUGGGUUAUGGCUUCAGAUUCCCCGUUAGUGCUGAGUCCAGAAGAGCUAGACCUGAGAAUGAAACUGAGGAUCAAAGGAGAAAAUAGAUACCUGGACGGGAAAACAUUUUCAUCAGCCUCUACCUUGAGCAAAGCCGUUCGAAAUACGCUGGACAAUGAGACUGAAGUCUACACAGAAGGAACAGCAAGGUUCAUAUAUGGGCAUGGCAAGCACUGCCAAGAAUGAGAAAUUAAUGGGAUAAAAAGGAAGCCUCUAUCAGCAAAGUAACAACCAUUACACUGCAAGAUGCAAUCUGCUUGUUUCAUUUGUCUCCUAGUAUUUGUUUUUUAAUCUUGUAAUUUAUUACUUUAUCUUUCAGCUUGCUCAUGUAGUUAAUAUCAAGGAACAAUAUUAUUAUAAUGUAUGGGCAUAUGUUUCUGUUUUUGUGGCACUUCCCGAUAUUUUUUGUUUUUUCA